UGAUUUAGCUGAGAGAAAAAGCUCCCUUUCCCUCAUUACGCUCCUGUGGUGGGCGUGUACGAACACUUCCAGAGCCACAACGAUAAAUAACGUUACAGUAAGCUACAUUUCCUCGCAUGGCCGCUUUCUUGGGUAGCACACACUCCGUAGAGACCAACGCGGACUCAAAACCGCUUUGUUUCGACUCCUUCCAGAGAGUAGCAUUUGAGCUAACGUUAGAAAGGAAAAAAAAAAACCGUGGAAGCCUCAACAGAGCCCCGUAAACGUAACAUGCAUUGAUGUUGACGUCCAUCAUUUGAUGCAUGUCGUGUGCGGAUCUCGCCACUGUCGUGUUUAUUGCCGGGCUUCCAUCCGCCGAGAUGUAUGGGAUGUCGGGAUGACAGGAAGAUGGCAAACGGGGUUGGAAAACACAAGCUACUUGUCAUCGGACCAACAGAGCCAUGGUCGGUGAGGGAGAAGCUGUGUUUGGCCACAUCUGUCAUGAAGAGUGGAGACCAGAACUGGGUGUCUGUCAGUCGAGCCAUCAAACCAUUUGCAGAACCCGGCCGACCACCUGACUGGUUCUCUCAAAAGCACUGUGCCUCCAAGUACUCUGAGCUCCUGGAAACAACAGAGGCCCCAAAGCGGAAGCGCGGCGAGAGAGGUGAAGUGGUGGAGACAGUGGAGGAUGUGAUAGUCCGUAGGCUGACAGCCGACAGGAUUGAUGCACUAAAAAAGCUGAUCAAAGAAACACAGGAGAAGCACAGGAAGCUGAAGAGAGAAGCUGAACUGAUUCAAGCAGGACGUCUAGAUUCCAAACUAGAAGAGUUAUGGGCAGACAUUCUGCAGAAGAAGAAACUGGAGCAGAAGGAAGCAGAGUUGAAAAGAAAAAACACAAAUGCUGCUUAUCAGGGUAUCUCCUUCACUUUUACCAGACAGGUAGCAAAGAACACAUCUAAGCGAGAGCCCGGCGUCACCACACAAUCGCCCGCAGGCUGCAGCUCCCCGAGCCAGGAGUUCUCACCGGGUGACCCACUCGAGUGUUUGACGCUGGAUCUUGCGUUGACAAAGAAUACUUCAGGAUCAGCCAGAUUAAUGACAAUUGCUGAGUCUUCUGGACCAGGAAGUGAUGACAUCAGCCCCGGGUCACUUCUGGACGAUCCCACCCAAAAGAAGCUCCUCCUGGGCCUGAAAGCCACACCCCCACCAUCUCCACUCCUGUCAGAGUUACUGAAGAAAGGCAGUAUCUUGGCCACAAAUUCCAGACUGAUUGGGGAGGGGGACGUGACCACUGCUAAUAUGACAGGAGUACAUGACUUGCAGCUGGCUCCACCUAGCCAACCUCUCACUCAGGCAACAGCUUGCAUGGCAGGUGCCCCGAUGUUGUCGCGUCUCCUGGAGGCAGGUCCCACCCAGUUUUCUGCCCCGUUAGGUUUCAUGGUCAGUGCAGACUCAGCCUCCAGUGCUCCUCUCUCUGCUGCCACUCCUGUGUCUGUUGACUCUACUGCCUCAGCAAAUACAGAGGUGGAUGUGAUGGUGCCGUCUUUGCCCCCCGGAUGCCAGCCUAUCUCUGCAGGGGAUAAGGUGGCUGAGCUCAGUGAGGAGGAUGUGACUGUGUCCUACAUGGUGGGUGAGCUGGACCUGAAGACAGUGGGGGACAUUAUCGCCAUCAUUGAGGACAAGACAGAUGUGACUGCAGAGGCUUUGGAUGCAGCUGCAGUUGAGGCUGCGCUGUCACUGUGUGAGGAGAACGGCCAUGCUUUGUCUGGUGCCUGGGAGCCUGGGCCUCUCCAGCCCCAUGAGUCUCAUCCCGCAGUGCCCACAGGGGUCCAACAGUCCUUGUCUCUUCACAGUAGCCCGGAGAGGAAGACAGAAGUGUUAGAAGUUCAGGGUGGGACUUCAGCUUCACUCUCCUCUCUGUGCAACAGUCAAGAUUGCGGUUUGGCAGCAUUCCCCAAGGGACUAAGGGGCCUUCCUCACACCUCCUCAUCCUCACGCAGCUCAAAGAGUUUGGAGCACUGCCACACUGGAGCACCUCCACACCCUGAGGCAAUGAGAGAGACUGGAGUGUUGGCGCACCAGAAAAGCCAAAUUUCAUUGGAUGUUACUCUAAAAUGUGAAAGUGAGAAGUGGGCACAGCAAAGACCUGAAAAACCCCAUGGAGACUCAGUAUUAGAAGAGAGCCCACUGACAGAAAGGCCCCCCAAGGGGAUGAAAGCGGAGGAUGGAAUAAGUGUUGGGGGAGGAGAGAAUGCCUCAGGAAAUAAAGUGUACCGGCAGCUCAAUGGGCCAGAAGUGUGUGGAGACGAAGAGGCCGAUGGGGUGGAGGGAUUCUUGUCGGAGCCAGACGGCGAGAUGGAGCUAGAGCCUGCAGCCAGCGAGAGUGAGGACGGUUACAGCCUCCACACGGCCUCCUCGUCACUACAGCUCCACACGACCGCAGACUCCAUCCCCAGCAGCCCCUCCUCGUCACUGUUUUCUGUGUGCAGUGAGGACCAUGAAGCUCUACAGGCUCACAAGAUCUGGAAGAAAGCCAUUAUGCUGGUGUGGCGUGCAGCGGCCAAUCACAGGUAUGCAAAUGUCUUCCUGCAGCCAGUAACUGAUGAAAUUGCACCUGGGUACCACAGUAUUGUGCAGAGGCCCAUGGACCUUGCCGCCAUAAAAAAGAGCAUUGAGACCGGUUUGAUACGGAACACCGCUGAGUUCCAGAGGGACAUCAUGCUGAUGUUUCAGAAUGCGGUCAUGUACAACAGCCUGGAUCAUGACGUGUACCACAUGGCUCUGGAGAUGCAGCGUGAUGUCCUGGAGCAGAUCCAGCAGUUUCUGGCUACCCAGCUCAUCAUGGAGACCUCAGAGUCUGGUAUCAGCGCCAAAAGCCUGAGGGGCCGUGAGAGCACACGCAAACAGGACUCUACUGACAAGGACACUGUCUCCAUGUCCUCUCCUGCCUUCCUUCUUUCUCUGUUUGAUGGAGGCACCAGGGGGCGCCGUUGUGCCAUAGAAGCUGACAUCAAGAUGAAGAAAUGAACAUCCAGUAUGACAAUUUUAUCCAAUAGUGUUCCAGGGUUGAAUUGAAAGACGUGAAACCACAAGGCUGAAUUUAUCCUGUCAGUUGCACAGAUUCCCACUCUGCAUAGAAAUGCAGCGUAACCUUUAUUUGCACUCCAGGUGAAAUGGAUAGACUGUAAUAUGGAGAAGCUCAUUUCCUCUGAGACAGCCAUACAGACAUGGAUUAUAAACGGUAUAAUCCCAGAUUACAAUGGGGCAGGUCAAACCUUUCAUAGACGUAGCUGCAGAUCACUUAGAAUUAGCCUGCUCUGAAUUACAUCAGGUUGUAUUGUAAAUGAAGAUAAAAGUUACUCCUAGCCUACAGACCUGGUUUUACUUCAGAUUAGUGUGGUUGGUUUUAAACAUACCAUGUUGGUGAUACAAUGUAAACCCAGAGGCCAAAGAGUCUCACUUAGCUAGGGGGUGAGGGGCACAUGCUAAUUUCAAAUCAUUUGAAUUUCUUUUUAGUUUACUUAUUUAAAAAAACUCUGAUAAUUUUUAAAUAUGGCUGUAUUUUUUUUGUGAUGAAUUGAUUUUAUUAAGAGUGCACUUCCAGUGAAACAGUAUCAACAUGCAUAUUCUGUGUCAUUUUCAAUAUUUUUGAGAAAACGUCCCGUUAUCAAAAUGUUUUGUGGACUUUAAAAUAAACAAUAAAACUUCAUAAAAUACCCUCAUUCCACUAUGUUAAGCUUGAAUUGGCAUUAACGUUUUCCACGAUUCCAACACACAACACGCCACAGCAGCGACACAGCAUUACAGUUUGCUGAAGCCUUGCUGUUUAAGAGCCGUCCAAUCGAAAUUAGUGACUUCCAGUGGGAAAAUAUAAAUCGUUAGCAUUUGAUAUCCUUCUUUUUUUUUUGUAUUUAAAAGUCUGCCUUGCCUAAUUCAUGACAUUGAUGUUUAGUGCGCUGUGUGUCAGUAGGGAACAGCAUGCAGACUUUAUAAGGAUCAGCUCAAGCAGCAGUGGCCACAUGGCAAAAAGCAGCAAAGAGUAGCAUUCCAUUAUAAAUAAGUUACACAGUGUUGUGUUUCCAAGAACCUGUUCCGUAGCAAUGUCAUUAGUUCAGUGUUAUGUAAAUUGGCCGAAAUCAAUCCAAUGUAUUUAAAGCUUUUAUCGAGUCAAAGCCAACUCAUGUACAAGAUGCCAUACUGUUGCUGUUGUCUACUUGCUCAUUUGUGUUGAGCAUGCAAAUACAUCGUGUUCAUGUUUUCACUAUGACCAUGUCCACUGACUUAUGUAAACAAAGGCUUUUCCAUGUCUGUUAAAUCCAGACAUCUGUAACCGGCUUCAACGGAUAUUAGUUUCACAGCUCGUAUUUAGAGUCAAACAGAAAGAAAGUGUGAUACGAUCUCAAGUUGUACAUGCGGCAAGUCAAACCUCAUGUUCCGAGAAAGUAAUUGGACAGAUGAAGGUGCAAAUGUACAGAAACAUUAAAGCCUUUUGGCCACUUGUUGUGAUGUUUUUCCCCACAGACAGCAGUGAGAGGUUCAGACACAGUAGAUGUGUUUGUUUCAGCUUCUUUGCGAUUUAUAUUUUACAUAAUUUUUACCUUUUCAAAUAUAAAUAUUUGCCGUCAUUCUCAGUCUCGCUGCCCGAUCACCUUGAAAUAAAGAGACUGAUUGUUAUACCGUCAGUAGGAUAAUGUGUAGUCUUCUAAUGAUGUGACCAAACAAACGAAGCACUCAAGAGUCAAACCACCACCAAAUCAUAAAUGAACAAAUCAGACGGGCCAAGACAUACUCUGAUUACAUCUUUUAUUUUCAGGUAUAUUUGGCUGAAAACUGAAUUCUGCAGCGUUGCUCAGAUGUACUACGACCCCCUGAUUUGUGCGUAUCACAGUCAAGGUUUUUACAUGUUUUGAGUUACAGUGUGGACCUGAAUAUUCUAGUCAAUUAACAUUUACUGUGUCAGUAGUCACGAAGAUGUGGUUGCUGAAAAAUAAAUACGUAACUAAUAACACACACUCUCUCUCUCUCUCGCUCACUGGGAUGCAUGCAACAGCAACAAUAGGAACAGGAUUGAACUUUAACUUAAAAGUGCUCGAGAAGAACCUGAAUAUCGUACGAGAACAGCUGAGGCAGUCUUGGCGCACAGAAACAAGUACCAGUGUCUGUUUAGGGUUUGAAUCAUCUGUGGUUAAAGAGUUAAAGUUAACACCUCCACAAGGUUAGCGUCCGAUUAAAAGUGAUCAUUCUGUUGGAGAUGAGAACAAAAAUUAUUAUUCUUUAUAAAACAUCAGUAUGAAUGAAAACAGGUACAGAAUUUAUACAACAUUUAUAACACAUGGGCCAAAUAGGACUGUGAAUGGGCUCUUCGCUUUUGACAAAUUAAAAGCGACUUCUUCGAAAACUUUCUGCAACACACAACAGUCAUUUCUCACUGCUAAACCUCAAACACAUGCCUGCAGCUGUACCGAACGACUUCCUGAGUGGAAGCUUAAUUAAUGACCGCGUAAUAAACCCCUCUGCCAGCAGCAGGAUCAGCAGGAAGCUCUGCAGUAGGAGGCCGCUCAUUUUUUUGGCAAGUGCAAC